AAGACCUGAGAGAGAGAGAUAGCUUGAGACCCAAGAAACAGUUAAAUACACGUUCUUGACUUUUCUUGUAUAUAUUGGUUGUAAACAUUAAUGUAGAAUACAUAAACAGAUCAUUUUGUACGUUUUCAUAUCAUUUAAAUAGCAACAGCAAGUGGAAUUAAUCGAGAUCGGAAUGUAUAAUGAGGUCACGGGUUGAUACUCAUUUAAUUAUGUCUAUGAAAACGACUUCCUCCUCAUAACGUCGGCUCAUGUGCAUCUUCUGUGUUGCAUUAAAACUCCCACUUUGCUUAUUUCCCUCUCUCUCUUCUAGUUUAAACUUUUCCUUCUCCACCAAAACAUAUUAUAUCUCUCUCUCUUUCUCUCCUCAUAUCAAGCAAUGUCGACGAGCCACCUGAACCGUCCGUUCUUGAUCCUUCUCCUCCUCUUUGUCUUGUUACUUCUCUCCACUUCUCUAACCGCUGAAGACAACCGGCCGACAUCAAGAAACUUCCCUUACCGAACUCACCGCCAUGUCCCGAGUGUUCACCAUCCGUAUCACGUGAGUCCACACGGUUCAUGCGACUCUUUCUCUCGUCCUUACGCUCGUUCUAUGUGCCUUGAGCUUCAAAGAAUCCACCGUAACAGCCGGAAACAGCCAUUUUCUCUCCCUCCUCCUCCGCCGGAGAUUGACCCAAGGUACGGCGUCGAUAAAAGGCUCGUCCCCUCCGGUCCAAAUCCUCUUCACAACUAAAAAAUCCUAUAUGUUUGUAUACAUAAUACACGUACGGGGACCCUAGUUAUAUUUUAUUGCUGACACGUUUCUUGGAGUACUACUUGUGUCGAAAGAUCUGUAUGUUUUUCAUAGAGAUUCUUUUUCCUGAAGGCGAAGGUUCGAUCAUUUCUUCAUUGAGGAUCUUUCUUGAAUCUUGAUACUACUCUUAUGGGAGGGGGAGAUGUUACUAUUUCCAUGCUUGUUUUCUUAAGACUUGUUGUAUGAGUGUGGAAACAAUCUUGGAAAUAGUGUAUUCUUGCAUUGUCUUUCUUUUUCUAUUUUCCUGCUUACGUAAAAGUGAAAGAUUUAGUAUAUAAUAUAUGGUUGGGAACUUGAGAUAGAAGAGGAGAAAUGCAUGAGUUCAAUUAAUUUGGGAGCUGUAUAUUAUGUAACUUCAAAGUCACCCACUGGUCUAUGAAUAAUAAAACUUAAUAUUUCAUAAAA